AGAGGUCAUGUGACCGUAAGAGCGUUGAGUGUACUAACAACAGUGGCAACCAUAACAGCAAAGGCGGUAGGACAGUGGCGUUAGUGAUGCCUUAGUGGAUUUCUUGUUACUUAGCGGGAAACAUAAUGGUUUAAACUGAAACAUAUGGAUAUAACAAAUGAAAAAACUAUGUUAGAGUUUAAACUAAAGUCUAAAUUCACAAUAAAUUUAUUAAGAUCGUGAAGGUGUUGAUCACGUGGUCUAGACCGACCAAUGACGUUGGUAAAUUUGAACCUUCUCGCGUACAAGGCGUCCUUGCCAUGGUGCGCAAUCAGUGAUAUUUAACGGGUUCUUUUCUUCCACUCGAAAUCUGGUAAUAUUAUGAGGGUCGAGGACCAUCCUUUGCCGCAAGGCUUUUUGGAGUUAGCAGAGAUCUUCAUUAAAGGAUAUUUGCAGCAGUAGUGUUGUCAUUGUAGAGGAACACUAUUUGAUAAACACUUUGAGAAAGGAAAAGUCAUCAUAAUGAAGAUGGGUGGGUCACAAGAAGAGAGUGGAAACCAUGAUGUGAAUGCCACGAAUGAUGCAUCAGCUACAAGUGAAGAGACUGGGCCAGAGCCGGUGAAUGGCAUUGUUCAACCGUAUUUUGUACCUCCAUCAGAAAAACCUCACCGGAACACUAAUCAACUGCAGUAUCUCCUUAAAGUUGUAAUGAAAGCUGUGUGGAAACACCAGUUUGCUUGGCCGUUUCAUGAACCUGUGGAUACAAUUAAACUGAAUCUGCCUGACUAUCACAAAAUCAUUCAACAGCCAAUGGAUCUAGGAACAAUCAAGAAGAGGCUAGAAAACUGUUGGUAUUAUUCUGCUACUGAAUGUGUGGAUGACUUCAAGACCAUGUUUACUAAUUGUUAUGUGUACAAUAAACCAGGAGAGGACGUUGUUCUUAUGGCACAGACGUUAGAGAAGUUGUUCCUGACAAAGAUAGCCGAGAUGCCAAACCAAGAAAUUGAAAUCCCUAUGCCACCAGUCAGAGGCCCAGGGAAUAAGGGAAGAGGAAAAAAAGGAAAAGGUGGUCCCAGAGGGAGAGCAGCUACAAUGGCAACGGUGGCAGCGAAUCCAGCAACUCCUGUUUCAGUGGCAGCCACUGUGCCAAACUCUCUGCCUUCCGUCCCUGUGUCGCAGUCCCAGCCUGCUCCAUAUCCACCACUUUUGACCACCAUGGCACCAGUCAGUGUACCAGGAAGCACCAACACAACAACUACCCUGUCUUCAACUGCGGCAGUUACCUUAGCACCCCUUCAUGUUGCACAGAAGCCGUAUGCGUACACUGGAAUAGGAGAUUCUUACCUGUCAAUUCCAUCUAUGACACCUAUAAAUGAUGCUCUUCCUGUAACGUUACAUGGCCCUACCAACCAUCAUCUGGAAGGAGUUACACAGACAACUGCCAUCACCACAGUCACCUCAGUACCUGCCAAAGUAAAAAAAGGGGUCAAGAGGAAAGCAGAUACAACAACCCCUUCAAACAGUGUGCCACCUGAUAUGUUAGUGUAUCAAACCUCUAAUGAUACUAAAGUUUCCAGGAUGUCUACAAGAAGAGAAAGUGGGCGACCAAUUAAAAAGCCAUCAAAGGAUCUUCCAGAUAUCCAGAAUGCAAAUAAACCAAGAAAAGGGAAACUUUCAGAACAGAUGAAAUACUGCAGUACCAUUCUGAAGGAAAUUUUUGCUAAGAAGCAUGCUGGUUAUGCUUGGCCAUUCUACAAACCUGUGGAUGCAGAGCUCCUAGGUUUACAUGACUAUCAUAAAGUAAUCAAACAGCCUAUGGAUUUAGGAACUGUAAAGCAAAAACUGGAUUUGAGGGAAUACAAGACACCAGAUGAGUUCGCAGGAGAUGUGAGACUCAUAUUUACGAACUGCUACAAAUAUAAUCCUGCCGAUCAUGACGUGGUGGCAAUGGCAAAAAAACUACAGGAGGUGUUUGAAAUUCUGUAUGCUAAAAUGCCUGAUGAGCCAGCGCCUACAGAACCCACACCUGUUUCACAAAUUGAAAAAAUUGAGGGCAAUACUACCAGUACAGGCAACACAAGCUCUGCGUAUUCUGGAAGUUCAGCGAGUGAGAAUGAUGACAGCGAAGAUGAGAGACAAAGGAAAAUUAAGCAGCUGCAGGAACAGUUGCGGGCAAUCACUGAACAGAUGAGUUUAUUAGCAGCUGAGAGUAGGAGGAAAGCAAAGAAAAAAAGGAAAAGGAAAAAGAAAGAGAGAGAAAAAGAAGAGCCUGUGAAAGAAAUAAAACCAGAGCCAGAGGCUCCUCCUCCAGAGCCAGUCGUCACCCAACCAUCAGUCAUUUCACCAAUGAACAGCACAGCUCCUCCUCCAUCUACAAAAGAAACACACCCACCUAAAACUCAAAAACCAGCCAAAAAUAAAACUAAUGCAACACCCAAUAAAUCUCAAAACCAAAACAAGUCUUCGGGUCAGACUAAGAGACAGAGAUCAAAUAGUAAGUCAUCCAAAAAGAGUAGUAAAAGUAUACCAGCUUUUGAUAGUGAAGAUGAAGAUAAUGCAAAACCAAUGUCCUAUGAUGAAAAAAGGCAGCUGAGUCUAGAUAUUAACAAGUUGCCUGGUGACAAAUUAGGUAGGGUCGUCCAUAUCAUCCAGUCCAGAGAACCCUCACUUAGAGACUCCAAUCCAGAUGAAAUAGAAAUUGAUUUUGAGACUCUGAAGCCCUCCACAUUACGGGAGUUGGAAGCAUACGUUGCUUCAUGUUUAAGGAAAAAACCUAGGAAACCAUACUCUUCCAAGAACAAAUCAGCAGGCAAGUCUAAAGAAGAACAAGUUAGGGAAAAGAAGCAAGAACUAGAAAAAAGGCUGCAGGAUGUCAGUGGCCAACUAUGUCCUUCUAAAAAGCCAGCCAAGAAAGAGGUAGAAAACUCCCAUGGUGAUGUUGGUGGUCCAAGCAGACUAAGUGCUAGCAGUAGUAGUUCAAGUGACAGUGAUAGCAGCAGUAGUAGCAGCACCAGUAGCUCAUCAGACACCAGUGACUCAGAGUCAGAAUUCAGACGGAAGCCGAAGAAGGACCAAAAUGAGCAAACACAACGUAGUAAACAACUAUCUCAGGGUCCUCCCACUACUUCUCAGCAUAGUCAGCUAAAUAUCAGAAAUAAUGUUCAGGAAGGAUAUCACCAAUUUGAUGAUAGCUGUAAUUCCCAGCAGCCACUGUUGCAAGACAGUAGAGGUAGUUCCCAACAGAUGUACCAAUCUCUUCAACUAGGACAACCCGAACACAGGACCAUUGCCCAACAAGUGUAUCAGCAGCACCAUCCUGAGCACAAGUCUUUAUCACAACAGAUGUAUAAACAGGACCAAGCUGCUGGUCGAGGGGUCUCUCAACAAAUAUACCAACGACAGCAUUCUGAAGAGAAGCAACACAUGUAUCAUCAAGGGAUACCACCACAUCUACGUUCUUUGCAUCCAGAACUGCAUGAUAUUCUUCAAACAGAUGAAGCAGUGGACUUAGAGUUUAACCAGGAGUAUGAGGACAUAGGUGGCCAGUCCUCCUCACUUGAUCUCAGCCUCAACUCCUCGUACACUACUUUCAAACAAGAAGGUCUACCUCAGUUGUCUUUACAAAACCAGCCACCAGUGAUUAAUUGUCAAAAUCUAACUAUGUCUCAACCAUCGACAAAGAUGGCACCACCUGUGCUGAAGAAGCAAGUUAUCCUGUCUCCACCAACUAGUUCAGGUCAACACCAGGUGUCUCUGCAAAACCAGCAACCAGUGGUUAAUUGUCAUAGUCUAACCAUGUCACAACCAGUAAGCAAGACAGCACCACCUGUACUGAAGAAGCAUGUCAUCCUCUCUCCACAGUCUAGUUCAGGGACUUUUCUUUCUUUAAAUGAGUUGGUGGGCACAGAGUCAGAUUCUUCGGGACUGCCACACUUAUAUCCAACUCAGACAGUUUCCUCUUCCCUCGAGCUUGGUCCUGUCACGUCCAUGUCUGGAGCAUUUAACCUUUCAUCUGUAUCACAGAUAACUGAGAAUAAAAAUAUCUACUUGGACUCACUUUUGCCACAAACUGAUCUAAGGGAGACAUCACUGACAACUGGUAUGGAUUCUGAGCCACAGAUGGAGCAGCUGUCUCCACCUGACCUCACUCUGCCACCAGGUUUUAAUGAUAGCCUUAUUUCGGGAAAUGCAGGGAAUCAGCUUCCAUUAUUAGGAGCAGGAGACAAGAAAUCAAGACAAAAACAGCCUGAAGUUUCCAAAGAGGCUAAACCAAAGUUGAAAAAUCUUGGUUCCUGGUCAAGCCUUGUCCAGACCGUUGAUACCAGUCCAAGUUCUGCAAAUACUGCUCUCAACCAGAGGUCAGCUCUUCACAGUUUUCAACAGUUUAAGAAACAGGCAAAAGAAAAACAAGAUAAGCAGCGACAGUUGUUAGAACAGCAGGAGUGGAGGAGGCAUCAAAAAGAACAAGUGGAAAAGGAAAGAUUACGUCUCGAGAGAGAGAAACAAAGGGAAAAAGAUGAAGAAGAAGCCUUGGAAAGAGUACGGAAAGCCCACCAAGCACAGUGGCAGCAGGGAGAUAAGAAAUCACAAGUUCUCAACAACCAGCAGAGUUCUGCAGCUGAUGAUCGCGAACGACAAAGACAGCGAGAAAGAGAGCAGGCAAGGAGAAGACGAGAAGCUAUGGCGGGUCAGAUAGACAUGAACCGGCAAAGUGACAUUAUGGCAACUUUUGAAGAGAUGCUGUAACUAACUUUAUAAGAAGUGUAGUAGUAGCAUUUAGUACACUCGGUUACCAAAAGAAGAGUGACUUAAAACAGGUAUCACUUUGUCAGUCGUGUUGAUAAAAGUUUUGUUGAAAAGUGAUGGCACCAUGUUUAUGGAGGCUAUGAUGUUGCAGGUGGAGUAACGAUAAUGUUGGACACCAUUAUCGUCAGUGCUUGUUCAUCCAACAGAUGAUAUACGGAAACUUGUAAUAAGAGAAAUAUACCCUCGAGUAUUGAAUGUAAGACUUUUGUGAAAAAAAAAAAAUGCUAUAAGCACAUAUUACAUUGUCAUUUUAUAUUAUUGAUCAGUGUUGUGUAUGCUUGAACAUUAACUUCACAUGUUCAAGGUGAGUUGGGAAUUUGGAACUGAAUUUUGUUUUCACAUCAUCAUAGUAUUGAAAGAUAAACCGUGUUUACCAUUUUCCUUGUGGUUUUCACAGUGAAUUUUAGUUUAUUUUUCCCAGACAUAGAAACAUCUUCAAAUCCAUGUAUUAUAACCUUAUAAAACAUUAUCAGCUCAUGAAAAUGCCUCUUAUAUGAUUAAAUUAGUAGGUGCGGAAGUAUUGUUUUUUAGACGUCUUCCCAACAAAUCUUUUUAAGAGAUAAAAACCUACUGGACAUGUGGUCAUUAAUUAUGUAAAUGAUUAGUUGGUCUGAGCACAUUUACAAUUUUGUUUGUUGUAUAACAACUUCUAUAUAGUGUUCUGCUCGCCUCUUUACAUACACAUUAAACACACCAAAUCAAGCAUAUAAGUAUUCAUUGUGUCUUUAUGGUGGAAUGUUUGUUCCCCAAACAUAACAGAAAUUUAGGAUAAUUUUGUUAAUAAGUCAAGCCACACUUUUUAUGUGUUGCUUAGUUUUAUGCCUGCUGCUAUAUUAAGUUUGACCAAAUAAAAAAAAAAGGCACAUUUCCACUUAGCUAAACUUGUGAAUAUGUGUAUACAAGUGUGUAUGUGAAACUAAGACUGUGUAGUUUAGUUUCAACCUGUGUUGAGUAUGUAAAUAUUCGUUAUCAUUUUAGAAACCAGAUCAGUGGAAGUUUUCAUAUUGUACAUUCUCAUUUUCAAGGAGUUCUCAGCUUCUAUCAACAGUAGGGGUAUUAGUAUAAUAGUUAUUCUUUACAUUUCUUACUUGUUUUUUUAAUAUUUUGUUAUACAACUUAGGGGUUUGGUGAUGGUUCUUUACCUGUGUUUGCUGUGAGAUGUGAUCGUCAGUAGAAGGGUUAAAUGAUAGUUUGUUAGGAACAGGCUGUACUUGAGGAGAUUGUUAAUAGAUUUCUACGAUUGAAAGUUGUAAGGUUUUCCAGAAGAAGGGAUGAAUACUAGAGUAAGCUAUUUUUGAGAGGUUCGGUACUGGUUCUCCUGUAGAGUAGAUGAGUGCUCUCAUACAAGGUCGUGUUUGAGGGAUGUAUGUAAGUUGUAUGACUUUCAACUUGAAGCCAUUAAUAGUGGUUCUCUGUAAGCAUAAGCUGCUGUGUUUUAGGUAUUUGUAAUUGGUAAUGACUUCAGUAAUUUGUAUGUUUUACUAUGAAAUCUACAGGUUUUUUUUCACGUGAGCUACGUGAAGGUUUUAUAUUGCACAAAAUGAAACAAGUUUGCUGUUAUAUGAUAAAGAGUUUUGUGAAAAGAUUCACAACACAGAGAAGUUCUACUAUUAGUGGUAUACACAAUAGUCCUGUGUUUUUAGUUUAAGCUAGGUUAAUUUUUGUGAGUAAAUGAAUGCUAUACCCUUGUAAGUGAAUUAAAAGGAUAUUGAUGUAGGUUACUCUUUUUGACUGAAGCAUUGUGUUCAUAUGGUCCAAUAGUUUGGUGUAUUAAGACUUCACAAUACAUGAUAUAUUGUUUUGUAUUUUUCUUCUAUAUAAAUGAAAGUUUUAAGGAUGAGUAGUGUGUUUAGUAAAAUAGCUGCUUUCAAAACGUGAGGCAUUUGGAACUGCAUGUGUUUAUUUAAAAUAUAAAUAUUAUACCUAAUUGUCUCGAACUCAUUACAAUAAAAAAGAUGGUUAGGCACAGUUGAUACUUCUCUGUUUUUAAGCAAACAGCUUUGAUCAAAAGUAAAAAUGUGGAAGUCAUUGUACUAUUUACUUGUUUCUGAUCUGAUUUGACUUCAAAUCUCCACCAAUUUUCACAAAAUAUUUUAUUAUUUAUUGUAUUGAAAAUAACAAUGACAUUUUUCAGUGUUUUACAUCAUCAAUUAAAUAUAGAAAUAUAUAUUUUGCGAUCAAACCUAAAUUUGAAAUGCCAAUUUAUAAAUUAGACCGUACUCAACUGUACAAAUAUCUACGUCCUUCUAAGUACCAUUUCAGGUGAUUGUCAUGAUAAAAAAAAUAGUUUGAGUUAUGUCCUCUUCCUUCAGCUAAUUUGUUUAAAACUCAACAAGCAAAAAUAAAAAUUUUUUGUUUCAAACUAAAGAUUAAUGCACUCAUUCUAGAAAGGUUGUUUUACAGUUUAUCAUGGGAAAAUAAGUCACUUUGGAGUGUAAACAAAGUACCCUCUAAUCUGUUUAUGUAAAUCUUUUCUACAGUAAAAAGCAUGACCAUAUAAUUUGGCUAUAACCUGCUGUUGUUAUUACACCUGGAUAUAGAUUGUUACAAUCUCGGUAAGUGCAUUAUAGGUACCAUUUAUAAGCAAAACACAUUCAUUCGGAAACAAUCAGAAAAACGUGUGUAUGCUAACAAUCACAGUCUUUUCUUAAAUCAUACUGCAAUUUCAAAAAUAACGUGGAUGUCUUUUUUUUUUUAAAGGCAGUUACAGAAUUAUGAUAAACUGAAUUUGAUGACCUUGUAAUCAUUAUUUGUAAGUUUAAGUGAUUAGAAAUGACAUUCACAAAAAAAAACAACAACUAAAACUUAAAGAAACUAGAUUUUUCUUCGAAACGGUUUUGAAGAUUGUUUAAUAUUUUCAACAGAGUAAUUUAGAAAACUGGCUGAUUGUAGCCAAGCGGCAUGUGCGUAAAACCGUGAAUUUGAAGGUUCGUGUUUUGCAUUCUGCUGCAAUAAAUUCGUGCUUCAUGCUUUUGGGGUACUGUGAGUGCAUUAUAAAAAAUCUCGCUCGUUCGUGUAGUUAAGAGUUGUUAGCGGGUGCUGUUGAUUAGUUGCCUUCUUAGCUCUUUAGCUUUGUGCAGAUAUUCGAAACAAACCAGAUUUAGAAAGUUGUUUUUGUCUUUAUAGCAACAAGAUAGGUGUGUGCAAACAAAUUCACGGGAAAAUUAUUUCACCAAAUUCUUUCUUGACGUGUAAUUGUGAACUUGUCAUGGUGCUUGAAUUAUUACAUUGUUUUUCUUAAUGGCAAGUGACUAAGUUACCAAAAUUUUAGAUAACAUAUGCUGUAUUUUGUGUUGAUUUAUUUUUUUCAGUGCUUUAAACAUUAGUUAUAGAUUUAAAAAAAAAAUUACCAAUGCAAUGGUACUAAUUAAAUUCCACAUAAAAGUUGUAAAAAAAAGAAACAUUAACACUUGUAUACUUAGGACUUACAACACUAUAUAUCUACCAUAUGGUGUUUUUGAAUUCACGUUCAGUUAUUUGUGACAUUCAAUGUUGGAGAAGUUUGUAGUUGUAAGUAGUGUGACUGUACGUAUGGGAUCAAUGACGUGUGUAAGCGAUACGUGGAAAAUUAUUAUAUUUACUGUGCUGUUCAGAUGUCGGAAUGAUGCAUAAUUUUAUUUUUGUACCCUGUUGAACUCGUUUCGUUUUACCUAAUCAAGCUUCCGAUUAGCUCCAAAAAAAUUUCAUCUUGCUCAAUAUUUUCGUAGUAAAAUGAUACGUAGAAGCAUUCAAUUAGUAUUAUAUUUAAGGUUGUGUAGCUUUGUUUCACGAGUUUGUUUUUGCCUUUCAAGAAGUGAUCAAAAAUGCAUUUUCUGUAACUGAACUUUUACGUAUAAAAGUUCAAAAUCAGAACUCAAUAGAUAUGUAUGGUAUGAUUUGUUUGUUUUUUUUAAAUAAAAAUGAUUGAAUGCUAGUUACUUUAUUUUGGAAUGGUGAAAGCAAUGAUAUUCACCAUUUAACUUUUGUUGUUAGAAUUAUUUUGAUUUUAACAUUUUUCUUGUACAUUCUCUUGAUAGGUUAUGUUUGAUUUUUUUUCUACAGAAAAUGCAUUUUCUCUUUGUAGUGUUCUUAUCUAUUCUUAGGCUUUUUUUCAUGACUGACAAAAUCAUGUACGUGGCUUAGCUUAUAAUGAUCAGUGUAUUUACUGCAUUGAACCAUUAAUUUAAUGUUACAGACUAGAAAUGGAUGUGUUAGCAUGCGAUAGAGUAAGAAUUAAGGAUUAAAGUAAAAACUCAAUAUACACUUUAGAAUAUAUGGCUUUGUCAUGCUUUUUAAUGUCAUUAUGAAAUUUGAAAUUUCUGAACAGAUUUAUAACAGUGUGAUGAAACUGUUUCAUCAAAUGAAUGGAUACCUUUUUCAAGUAAAAUUUCCUUUCACUUGGGGCCAAUCAAAAUCACUUUUCUUGGGUAGUAUAGUAAUUGAUUCAAGUGAUAUAUAUAUAUAUAUUAGGAAGUUGUCAAACAUUUGUCUGUAACUUAAAAAAAACAAAAUCUGUUUCACAAAAUAGCAGACUGAAAUUAUUUAAUUGUAUACAGUCGAAAAGAACAAGAUAUGUGAGGAAGCAACAGUGUAGUCAGUAAUUGGAUUCUAAACAAAUAAGGACAUGGUUCUAAAAAUAGAAAAAUUAAGUUAUUAAACAGACUGUUGCCAAGAGAAUUUUUUAUCGUAACAUUAAGGUGACAUACGAAAUCUUUGCGAUAUAUGUAUCACAAAGUACUUAUCUAGUUAGUUUCCAGUUCUUAGAUUUUUUAUCCAUUAGAUUGAUUGCCUAAUUAAUGAUGAUAUACGAUACAUUCUGAUAUGGAGAAGGUGGUGCAUGUGAUAUUGGUAUCAAGAUGAUGGAAAAUUGUGUGUAUGGAACAUGGGAGUCGUAGUAGGAGAAUUGUUCUUACCAUAACGUAACCAUUUAUUUUAUGUGCGAGUGUUAUUAUGUUGGUUUGAUUUUGUGAUCUAAUCAUGUUCAUAAGUUUUAUAUUUUCCCAUUAAAUUGAUUAAGAAGGUGUUGAAAAUAAUCACGAUCUUUCAAAUGAGUAAAUUUCCAGUCUGUUUUAUUUUCCAAAUAAUGGGGUUUUUAUGAUUAGUUACAGCAAAAUCGAUGAAUGCAGUUUAAAGUUAAAAACAAACAAACAAUAUGUAUUUUGAGCGGAUACAUUUAUGUGGGAGCAAACUCCACCUGACACAGGGCUAAAAUUCCAGAGUAUAGUUUAAGAAACAUUGUACUUUACGAAGACUUACAUGGGUAGAAAAACGGAAUAUAUUUUUUCGAGUUGUGAAAUUUUUUUGUUUGACAGUUUGGUUCAGUAGCUGAACCAGUUUCAUAGUAAUUUCUGUCAUUCUUGAAAUUAGAUGUCUAAAUUUUAAGUACCUUGAAAUUUUCAGUCCCGUGGUUGUUUUACAUUACACACAUUUUUUUAAUGAUAUAGUAGAAGUCAGUAAGAUUUUUUUGGCUACUUUUACUUCAGGUCUUUGAAGAGUGUGCACUCAGUCGUUUUGUAAAGAAUCUCAAUUUUUCUGAGGUUAAUGGUAACAUUUUCAUUAAAUUCUUACUGGAUAUGAACUUGGUGUAAAUAUGAACGUUGCAUUUUGAUCAUGGAUUGUUCCAAAAUCCACAACUGUGUAAUCUGUGACUGAAUGUCAAGCAGUUUUUUAAAGGUUACAAAUUAUUUAUUUUCAGUAUAAUUAGGUUGUUGUUUAAGAGUCUGUAAGGUGUCUGUGUAAUAAUUUGAGUAUGUUUUCAGUAGGUAGAAAAGUGAGUUUCCUGUGAAUUUAGGGUUGAUCCAAAAACUCUUAUAUUAAGAUUAAAUAUGGAUAAAAAUGUUGAUAAAAUAUGAAUUAUAUAUUAAUGAUGAUAGCAUUCUGAUGAAUAAGACAGAUAUUUUGUUCCUCAUGUUUGCCACCUAUCAGAUUUUAUUUUUUUGUUGUUUACUGAUGCAGUUUUUGCUUCUUUUCUCAUGUUUUUAUAUCUGACAUAUUUUUGUCUUGUGUCAUAAAAUCAUUAAACACAUUUUACUAUGUAUGUUGAAGGAGUUUGUAUAAUGUAUUGAUAGUAGAUGUAAUUAAGUGAAAACAUCCAAAUAGAAGUUCCAUCUUCUGAUUAACCCCUAGUAUUUCAUACUACAUCUGACUGAUGAUUCCAGUUAACUGAAUUUAACCUUUGAUUGAAGUGUCUAAAUAAUCUAAAGCUAACUUUUUAAAAGUACUUAAAUUUGUUUGGGUUUUUUUUAACCUGCAGAGUUCGUGUGUGAAGGAUGCAGCCCUUGUAGUGCACCAGGUAAAAAAAACAAAAAACAUUAGGCCACUUUGUAUGUUCUGUAUUUUGAAGGAAAUAUCUUUCAAAAUUUCCGUAAUAAGAAACACAUAAUUAUGUUUAUGGUAAAGAUACGGUUGUUUUAAACUAAACCAUAAUUAUCUUUCCCUCCUUUUAGUUGAGAUUACUUUUCUUCAGGUGUAUAACAAUAAUUUAGGUUUGAAUGCGAAUCAAGUAAUAAUACAUUUUUUUUCAGAGGUCGUACAGAGACUAGGUGAAUCAUUGUAGCAUAAAUCCGUGUUCUGUAUACAACUUAAUCUUAGUAGAUAGAAAAUUAUGGUCUUUAAUACUUGAAAUGAUGGAUUGGAACUCGUGAAGAAUGAUUUCUAAGUUUUUGAGAAGAAAAAAAAACGUAGUUUUAUAAACGUGAUUUAAAAUAUGUACAUUAUCAUACUGUGUGAAGUAGGUUUUUAAAUGAGACUUUGUAUUGUAUUUAAAUCUGUUUUGAGUGAACCAACGGUGUUAUCAGUUUUAGAUGUCCAAUGCUAAUUUUUUUUUUAAAUCUUGAAUCUUAAAAAAAACCACUUCCUAAAAUUUGAUAUUCAAAUGUGUUGUUGUUGUUUUUUUUUUCUUGCAAGGUGUAUGUGCUUUCAUACCACAGAUUAAUUUCUUGAUAAUUUAUUGUUACAAAAGUGUUAGAUCUCCUGAGGUUUCACUUUAAUCCAGUUCCAGAAAAUGGAAGGAAAGGCUUUUAGGAAAGACUUGUAAAUAAUUUGUGUAGUUAAUAUGUUUAGAUUGUGGUGAGACGUUUGUCGCCACCGGUAAGAAAAUAUAUACAUAAUGUGGAAAUGUUUGUACUCUGAAUGUGUGUGAAUGAUUUUAAAUAUUAAAAGGUUUUAGUACUCAA